AUGUUGUCAUUUAAGUUAUUACAAAAAUUGAAUGUCACGGGAUCAACUAGUCAAUUUGUUUGUCGCAAUAUAUCAGCUUCAUCGGUGUUGAUGGCCAACAUUUUAGAUCCCAUCCAACAACUGUUCUUAGAUAAAAUUCGUGAAUACAAUGGGAAAUUUGAUUCCAAGACGUUUGACUCUUCAAUUGAUAAAGGUUACAAGGGUGAUUUAGAAAAGAUUGGCAGACAGUAUAACAUUGGCACAAAUGAAAAUCCUACAAAAUUCCCAACAAUUAAAUUUGAUGAACCCAAUAUUGAUCCACAAGUUUGA